AUGAAAUAUAAAUCAAAUCUAAAAAACAAAUUAAAAAAAAAUUGAAUUUUUAGAAGGUAAGCAAAACAGAACUUUUUGCCCAUUCUUGGAGGUGUGGGAUGGCAUGUAACUAUAUUACACACUCUCCUAUUCGCAUUUCUUCCUUCCCUGACACCAACCUUCAUCCACCAUCAACGUACAUUUUCUUCUCUCGACCCCUCACGUUCAAAGGGCUAAGCGUCAAUCCCAAGAGCUUUCCCGCCCCGCUUAAAGCGUCGAUGACGGAGACCAACAGCGUUGCCGUCGAGGUCUUCGAAAAAGAGGAUAUUGCCGACUCUCUGGCCAAAUACGUCGCCGAUCUCUCCAAUAAAUUCAAUUUGGAAAGGAGGACUUUCACAUUUUGCUUGUCUGGUGGCUCUUUGAUCAAGAAACUGCUGGAACCGCUCUAUGUUGAUUCUCUUGAAUGGUCCAAAUGGCAAGUAUUUUGGAUGGAUGAUAGUAACUACUAUCUUGCUUUGGAUGGACUUCUCUCCAAGGUAUAUUUUUACUUGUGUUUUUUAUGUUGGAAAAUGGUUUGUUUAGGUUGAACAUGCACUGUUUGUUUAGGUUGAGCAUCCAUUGUUUAUUUAUGUUGAGCAUGUUCUCAAAUUGUUGAGAAUGUUUUAUGUUUGUUAGGUGUUGGUGUUAAUGUUGAGAAAAAAAAAAUGAUAAAAGGACAUUGGUUCAGGGUUUUGCGUCUCUUUUAGUUGAAUACCGAUACAAUCCACGUGUGUGGAUCAUGGUAGUUGAAUAGCGAUAUAAUCAUAGAGCUUAUAAUUGAAUCGCCAUGAUGAAUAUUUUCAUAUCGUGAACCGUAAGAUUGAUAAACCUUUAGAAAAUGCAACAUAUACUUAAAUAUAAGACAUAAACAUGCAAAGAUAGAGUUAAUAACAACUACAGUAAAAAAUAGUGGUUGUGUCUAUGUAGAUAUAUUGCACUGCGGCAACAUGUGUUGUUGAGGAGUAGAGGGGAACAUUAAGGAACCACCAGCCUGGGUGACGGGUGUAGAUGGAGAAGAGAGAUUGUGGCUGAGCCUAGAAGUGAAGAAAAGGCAAAAUAAAGACAUUAGAGCUAAGUAGAGGUAGAAUUUGCUUUCAAAGAAGAUUGUAUUGCUGCUAAAGGAAACCAUCCACGGCAAUCAAAGAAAUAGCGCGAACUGGUUGGAGGGAAAAGCACAAAUUGGUAUGCAUCUCUUCCUGCUUAGUUCAAGCAAUAAGAAAAAGCAGAUUAGGGUUUUUUCAAACCUGGUCACUCUUGACCUGUUUUUAAUGAAUCCUUUUUGUUGGUUGCUGCAAAAUAGGGUGUUAUUUUGACAUGUUUAUUGAUUGUUAUAUCUCAUUCCUAUAUAAUGAUGCAAGGGAGGGAAAAAACCACCUUCAGUUUGAAGUUAUGAGCCAUAUUUUUUCUGUGUAGUCUUCUCUAAGAUGGCUGCGUGACCAGAUAAUGUUGUCUGGCUUCCUAGAUUUCCAUCAGCAUAAUUUUUGUCAAUCUAACCUGUUACUACUUCCAUCUUGGUUCCCGCAGCAGCUACCAAUUCCUCUGGGCAAAAUGUGUAUGCAAUCAAUGAUACCCGUUCAGCUGAGAGAGUCAGAUGAUUAUGAGACACGUCUCAGACAAUUGGUCAAUAACAGUGUGAUUACUUCAUCACCGACGAG